UAGGGAAAAAACACUUUUGAAUGAAACUCCUGCACAAACGAUCGUCAAGUCGAAAUACUUGCUCCAACUACAGAACAAGAGACUCACGAAGCGAACGAAUGUUCAAACCAGUUAAAUAUAAGCUAUAAAAUUAUAGCAAGGAAGGCAGCUAACAAUAAACAUAAUCAAAACAACAAUACAAAAAAUAACAAACUCGAAAAUGACGACGAAGAAAACACAAAAUCACGCGAGAGGCGCUGCAGCGUCAACAAGUCAGCGAAUACACACCAGCAGUAGACAGCUUAUGGUAACAAGACUCUGCGCUCUCCUGAGCUGCCUCUUCGCGCUGGCGACACUUGCGCAACCGACAUAUGCGCUAGCGAAUUGUCCGAACAGCUGUCAAUGCGAUGACGAUACAUUGGUGGUGAGAUGUGGCGAAGGUACAUUGGAUGUGCUACCAAUUACGUUGAAUCCCUUCAUACAGCGCCUCGUCAUACAGAACAAUAAAAUCAAAACGAUCGACUCUUCGCUGCAAUUCUACGCAGAGCUACUAUUUCUCGAUCUCUCCUACAAUGAUUUGGUCACGCUACCGAUGCGCACAUUCCAGUUCCAACGUAAGCUGCAGGAGCUACAUUUGAAUCAUAAUAAAAUCGGACAAAUCAGCAAUACGACCUUUGUGGGCUUAGCUGCAUUAACCGUGCUCAAUUUGCGUGGCAAUUUAUUGGCCGAACUCGAGCAGGGUACUUUUGCGAAAAUGUCUAAAUUAGCCGAGCUGAAUUUGGGCCAGAAUCGUAUUAAUCGUAUUGAUCCACAUGCCUUUGAUGGUUUGAUGAAUCUGCGCACACUCUAUCUAGAUGACAACACACUGACUACUGUGCCUGCGCCGAGCAUUUUUCAAGCAAUGCCAAACUUAGCCGAGCUGUAUUUGGGCACUAACUCUUUUACGUCCAUCGAAGCCAAUGCCUUCGUGGAUCUGAGGGGAUUGACGCGCUUAGAUUUGCGUGGCGCUGGUUUACAUAAUGUUUCUGCUGAAGCAUUGAAGGGUUUGGAAGGCUUAAGAUAUUUAGAUCUGGCCGAUAAUCGCCUACAAGUGGUGCCUACUACUGCACUCAAUCAUUUGGAGCGCUUGGAGGAGCUGUUGUUAGGUCAAAAUGAUUUUGAAGUUAUUGGUAGUGGCGCUUUUACCGGUCUAAAGCAAUUACGGAAGCUCGAAAUCACAGGCGCACAACAUCUACGCAGCGUACAAAAUGGCGCCUUCAGCGCAAACACAAAUCUCGAGCAUAUAAAUCUCUCGGCAAAUAAAAUCCUGCAAGAGGUGCAGGAGAAUGCUUUGAGCGGCCUGCCACAUUUGCGUCAUGUCAUACUAAAGGAGAAUGAUCUACACACACUAUCCGAAGGUCUUAUACCAUGGUCCGACCUACAAACGCUCGAUCUCUCCGACAAUCCCAUCGUGUGUGACUGUCAGGUCUUGUGGUUACGCAAUUUGCUGGUCUCAAAGAACUCCACCACAGAUCGUCUAAUUGGUGUAAUGUGCGCAUAUCCCGAGCCAAUGCGUAAGGAGCCACUCUCACAGUUGUCGCCGGCAAUGCUCGGUUGCUCGCAUAGCGACUCCAAGCAGCAAGCGAUGAUAAUUGUGGUCGUCGUGGUAACAACCGCCACUAUAACCGGUCUUUCGCUGCUCGUUUACGGUUGCCGGCGGCGCAUACGUGAAACGCUCAAAGGCGGUUGGGGCAAUUCUGCGUUGGGUCGCAAAGAACGUGAAUACCAGAAGACGUGUUCAGAUGAAGAGUACAUGACGCGUCAGCAGCACCCUUGCAGUCUGAGUAUACAGCCCACAAUGCCAUACACCAAUAACGGUGGCUAUAAUAUGCAUCAGACGCAGCCGUACAUGGGCUCAAGGCCCAUACCCGUAACCGAACUAUAGCUAGAAGCGCCACCCCCA